AUGAGCCCUUACGUCUUCACCUUACUAAUUUUUAAUCUGGGUCUAGGCACAACCAUAACUUUCGCCAGCUCCCACUGACUCCUUGCAUGAAUGGGCCUAGAAAUUAAUACCCUAGCUAUCAUCCCCCUUAUAACACGCCAACACCACCCCCGGGCAGUCGAGGCCACAACUAAAUAUUUCCUUACACAAGCCACUGCCGCGGCCCUAAUUCUAUUUGCUUCAACUUCUAAUGCAUGAUUAACGGGAGAAUGGGCCAUUAAUCAAAUAUCCCACCCCCUAGCUACCUCCACAAUUAUACUAGCCCUCGCGCUUAAACUUGGUCUUGCACCAGUACAUUUUUGAAUACCAGAAGUAAUUCAAGGAUUAGACCUUACUACUGGCCUCGUCCUUUCUACCUGACAAAAGCUAGCACCCUUUGCACUCCUCCUUCAAGUAUCCUCUACUGUAAACCCCUUAAUCCUAACCCUUAUUGGCCUACUAUCCACCCUAAUUGGCGGCUGAGGGGGUCUAAACCAAACCCAACUCCGAAAAAUCCUAGCAUACUCUUCAAUUGCCCAUCUAGGCUGAAUAGUAUUAAUUAUUCAAUUUUCACCCCCCUUGGCCACCCUAAGCCUUCUUAUUUAUAUUAUCAUGACUACCUCUGCAUUCCUAACAUUUAAACUUACCUCCUCAACUACCAUAAAUGCUUUAGCAACCUCCUGAACUAAGUCCCCCAUAAUAACUUCCCUUGCCACCCUUAUCCUUCUAUCCCUCGCCGGCCUCCCCCCUUUAACAGGUUUUAUGCCCAAGUGACUAAUUCUUCAAGAACUUGUGAAACAAGAUCUGCCCAUACUAGCAUUCUUCGCCGCUAUAACAGCACUCCUAAGUCUAUAUUUUUACCUUCGACUUUGCUAUACAGUAGCUCUUACAUCCUCCCCCAACACAAUCACUAUAUUAACCCCCUGACGACUCAACCCCACUCAAACAUCCCCCCUUAACCCUUUGACCACAAUACUAACCUUGGCCCUCCUUCCCCUCACCCCCGCCAUCCUGGCACUUGUUAUCUAUUAA